AUGCAAGCUCAGCUUGCAGUUCGCAGGCUGGAGAUCUCAGCAGUCCUACACUUUGGAAAUCCUCAUAGGAGACUUCCAAAACAAGAUUAUUACAUUGACAUGAAUGAAAGUUUGCCUUUGGAGGCCAUAUCUGUGCCCAAGCCAGGCAAAAGGUCCACACCCUUGAUGACAGUGAGCAACCCUCAUGUGACGACUUUCAGUGAGUAUGUAAUUGAAGUGGGAUUUACAGACUAUGGAAACACCAAAUACCUCUUGCACACAGUUCCGAAGCAGCAGUAUUUCUCUGAGUUUGCAGAUGCUGAUUUCUGUGACAGUGUAGGUGACCGAGAGAUGACUACUGUCACCGUGGACCCCGACAACCCCAUCUGUUGUAUUGAUGUGCCUCCCCUGACUGCGCUUCUUGUAGUGUCCUGCCCACCUACAAAGCACAUCAGAUUUGUAGAAAAUAUUCUUGAUGGAGAUAAAAAUAAUAUCAUUUUCCCUCCCUACAAUGGUCUAUAUAUCUUUAAAGCCAUUGUAGUAGAUAUAUUUCAGAGUUAUUGUGAUUUAUCCAUAACCUUCUCAGUGUAUGUCUACGGCGCUUUUCCCACGAACUAUACUUCCUAUCUCAUUUAUCACUCUAAAAAGUGA